UUAUAGAUCACUUUUUUUCUGAUUUUCCUGUGGUGGUUCUGAUUUUGCUCAACGCUUACCAUGUCUGGGCGCGGGAAGCAAGGAGGGAAAGCCCGAGCAAAAGCGAAGACCCGUUCUUCGCGGGCCGGACUGCAGUUCCCCGUGGGCCGAGUUCACCGACUGCUUCGCAAGGGUAACUACUCCGAGCGGGUCGGUGCCGGGGCCCCGGUGUACCUGGCGGCGGUACUGGAGUACCUGACCGCCGAGAUUCUAGAGCUGGCAGGCAAUGCGGCCCGGGACAACAAGAAGACCCGUAUUAUUCCGCGUCACCUACAGCUGGCCAUCCGCAACGACGAGGAGCUCAACAAGCUGCUGGGUCGUGUGACCAUUGCUCAGGGUGGUGUGCUGCCCAACAUCCAGGCGGUGCUACUGCCCAAGAAGACCGAGAGCCACCACAAGGCCAAGGGCAAGUGAAACGUUUAGCAGUAUUAUAUUCCCAGUUCUGAAAAUCAAAGGCUCUUUUCAGAGCCACUCACUUUUUCUGGAAAGUGCUGGACUACUUAGUAACUACAGGAGGCGUGUUCCAAUGAAAACGAAUGGAUUAUCUUAGUUAAGUUUUGUUUGCUAAUAUUAUAGUGUUAAGUAUUGUUUUUAAAAAGGGAAGAGUAUCUCCCAUAUUUGCUUAGAAAAAAGGUGCUAAAUUGCUAGCCAUUGGUCACUUAACGCGCCAUAAAGUCUUAGAAAACUUCAUGUUCGUAGGUUUCUACCCUAGCCUAUAACAAAAGGUAUAAUUUGUAAAUUCAAAAGAAUCCAUGUUGAGAGAAUUCCGUAUCAAAACAUAAGUUUGGGCUUGUAGGCUAUGAAUAACGUACAUGUAGGUAAAUAACAAGACCGUAAGGCCUCAUUGAGAGGUUUUGGGUGUAUUGUACACGAUAUAUGUCUUUACAUAUAUAUGCAUAGUCAAAUGAAUUUCCUGUCAAAAAGUAUAAUAUAAAUAAGAGAACAAAGGAGGAAUAGCUGGCCAGUUGUCACUGGCCAGAUUUGUCACUGGCGGGAUUUUUAAAUUUUGCAGAUAACGAGAUUAGGAUUGUUUAGUCCGUUGUUUAUUUCUCUUCAUAAAAUGCAAUAAAUGAACUACAUUAAAAUCAGUAC